AUCCCUACCUGAUCACAUAAGGAGCUCUGAUCCUUGGCCUUAUGUUCAACUCUUUGCAUUCAUCCAGACCCUCACACUCUGUAGCUACACAACCCUCCGUGGCUGUGUAUGAAUGCCUAUGGGUCUCUUGGGCUGCGUGGUAUUUAGGCCCAGCUGGCUGGCUCUGCGUGUAAAACACUCCUCAGCCAGUGGGGGCCUUUGGGGGAGCACACAGUGGGGUGACAGGCAGUGUCGCUGAAGAAAAAGCACAGCCCUGCCUGAGGUGGGAGGAUGUGAUGACGUGGCCCCACUCAGCGGGAACGCAGGCCUUUAAAAAGCUGAAGAAACAGCCUCAGAGUAAACGGUGGCUCCACGGGAGGAAAGCACGCCCAGUCACAUUAAAGAAGCCAAACUGUCUGCUUCAAAGAGAAAAGGCAACAUCCUGUCACAGGCCAUGCUCUGGCAAAAAUCCACAGCUCCAGAGCAAGCCCCCGCCCCACCACGGCCAUACCAGGGUGUUCGAGUCAAGGAGCCAGUGAAGGAGCUACUGAGAAGAAAGCGUGGCCAUGCCAACAGUGGGGCAGCUGGCCCCCCUACUGCGGUGGUGCUGCCCCAUCAGCCCCUGGCAACCUACAGCACAGUGGGUCCCUCCUGCCUUGACAUGGAUGUUUCUGCUUCCACAGUAACAGAGGAGGGGACGUUGUGUGCUGGCUGGCUCUCCCAGCCUGCCCCAGCCACCCUUCAACCCUUGACUCCAUGGACACCCUACACGGAGUAUGUGUCCCACGAAGCUGUCAGCUGCCCCUACUCAGCUGACAUGUAUGUGCAGCCUGUGUGCCCCAGCUAUACAGUGGUGGGACCCUCCUCGGUGCUGACCUAUGCUUCCCCACCACUCAUUACUAAUGUCACGCCAAGAAGCACUGCCACACCCGCAGUGGGGCCCCAGCUGGAGGGGACAGAGCAUCAGGCACCCCUCACCUAUUUUCCGUGGCCUCAGCCCCUUUCCACGCUGCCUGCCUCCAGUCUGCAGUACCAGCCUCCAGCCCCAGCCCUGUCUGGGCCCCAGUUUGUCCAGCUUCCCAUCUCUAUCUCAGAGCCAGUCCUUCAGGACAUGGAUGAUCCCCGAAGGGCCAUCAGCUCCCUGACCAUUGACAAGCUGCUGUUGGAGGAAGAGGAAAGCAACACAUAUGAGCUCAACCACACCCUCUCUGUGGAGGGCUUUUAGGGCUGCCUUGCAUGCAACAGCCCUUUCCCUCGAAACUGAGAUUUCAGACGAGCCCAGAUGGAGCCUGGCCUCCUAUCUGUCUGAAACGGCUCUUCCAUAGGUACCCUUUUUGCCUAAAGCUGAAUUCCAUUCCUUCCUUCCUCUUUACUUCCCUCCUUCCUUCCCUCCACCCCCACUCCAUCUCCCUCCUUCCUUACUUCUUUGUCCAGUUUUUUCCUCUGGAGGGGAAAUUAUAGUGCUAUUAUGAACAAGAUCUUACACUGAAUGUCACCACGUCUGCAGCUCAGAGUUUCCCUUUGCUGUCACCUUCUCUCAGGUAUCCCCUUCCCCCGCUUUUUGGUAGUAUUAUAGAUCUACCCUAAGAUCACUUGCCCCCUCUGCCAUUCUAAAAUGCAUGGGGUCCCACAGGGAGACCAAAGCCACCAGCAGCUUCCUGCUGAGUCAGCCAUGGACAGAUGCUCUGACAUCCCACAGUUCUGUUUUGUGCUGUUUGCUCUUCCCAACCGUAGCUAGUCUGAGCAGGUGUCUCCGGGCUGGUUAGAGGGGGUGGGACAGGACUAUCAAGCUGGGUAGGGACGGUCAGUGGGUGAUGGGAGUCAGGGCUGAGGAGGAGCAGAACACAUACCUGUGGUGUGUCUGUGGUUAGAGACGUAGUGAGGAAGCGGAGACUGAGGAGCGAUCGAACUCUACCUGUAUUUGGAAAGAACACGACUUUAACUUGGUUCAGCUGGUCUUCUCCCUAGUAAUUGUGAGCAAAGCUGGGUGUGGUCUGCAGGAUAAAGAUGAGUCUAUCUGUUUCAGCCCAGCUGCAAGCCCUCUAACAUGAUGCCAGCACUUAAAUUGCCUUUGUCAAGGUAUUGUCAUAACAACAGGAAAAGAAGCAGGUGUUCCCUGAAGUCCAACAGUGAGGCGGGUGUCCAUUUAGUCCUUCCAUGUUAGUUUUUUUCCCCCAUAUCGGGAAUCAUCCCUCAGCCACCAUGAAGUGGCACCAAGGGCUCUUCCAUGCAUGGACCAUCCUCCUCGGGGUUCUAGAGUCCCGGUCGGCAGGCCAAUUAGGUUUCAUUUCAAUUUUUAUUUUAUUUUUGCUGGAGAAGCAUAACAUUUGCUAUUGAGUGUUUUGCCGUUUCCAGGGCACUCUGCUCCUGAAUUAGAUGUGCCUUGGUACCUGGCAGGCAAUUUGCUAAGGGUGCCAUCAUCACACGGGUACACUUUAGUCUGUAGAACCCAUGUUAGAAGUAAUAGACAUUUCCUGAAAAGAGUUUCCUUGAUACUCCACCUCCUCUUUUUGUUUCCAUUUUCAAUGAAAACCCAGAGAAAGCCUUCUGUCUUUUUCUUGUUUCAUGCUUUGUGUUUAUUUUGAUUCAGAUUUCUCAGUGUCUACCUAAAAUCCUGGCAUGCUUAUCUUGAAUUAUUUGUAUCCCUCUUUAAUAUUUAGACUAAAUGUUAGAUUCUAGAUGACAAGUUUACACUUGCAUUGGCAGUUACUGUAAACAAGAAGGGGAGCGGGAUGCCUUGGCCUAUUUAGUUAGGGCGCGGUUGCACAUCAAAACACUAUUGAAGAUUUCCCAGCUACUUGAGGGUUUGAGAAGAGACAGGAGUGGCACUCACAGAGGAGUUAGUGCUGGGAAACCAAACAGCAAAGAAAGCAGUAUGAGCAUUUUCUAGGGUUGAGUUGGUGUCCUUCCCCUUCUUGUCUUGAGACCCUAAGUCUUGGCUGCAGGCGUCCAUCCAGAUCCCCUUCCAAGUUAUUCUACCCAGAUGCGACAUUUUAAAUAAAGAUUUGUAGAUGA